AUGAGCUGUGACUGUGUUGACAGUGAGGAGGAGAUGAUGAUUCUGAUCUGUACCAAGUCUGGUCUACCAAUUUUUGACAACGUUUCAAAUAAUUGGUUGAUGAGGUUCCCAAGCAUCUUACCGUUCUCUGUCGAAGCCUCUCGAGUAAUGGUGCAAACAAUCAACCAGAUACUUGCUGACAAACAAGGAGAGGAAGCACGACUCACUAUUGAGGCAUUUCUCCGAAAGGGACAAGAAGAUGGAAGCAAUGAAGGGUGGCAAUUGCUGCAAACGAUUCAUCUCCUUUCAGCCAUUGACUCAGAGAUACUAUGGGGUAUGGUGAAUACAGGGCUGCCUUUAAUUCUUCUAAAAUGCCUGGAUCUCUUCCUGACUUUUCCAUCGGAAAACAAGACUGCAGUAAGGGAAACACAGACACAAGACAAGAGUACUUUAUUUGAAGAAACUAUAACCCAUGUGAUGGUUAAUUUGUGUACCCAAGUUUCUGCUGUGGAGGCAAUGAUUCAAAAUGAUGACCUUGGGCGUCUCAUCUUUGCAGUUGUCUCCCAGUGGGACCAGUGUUCUUCCUGGAAGAAGUAUACAUCUCAUGUACUGCGGGCAAUUUCAAAAACACCUUCUAAAAAUACUGUCAGAUACCUUCAUGACAGUAAUAUUGUGCAGAAGUGCAUUCAAAGUUUAUCAGCGAUGGCCAGCAGACUGCCAGUCUCUGUUGCAGCUCAGGCAGCUGUCAAUAUCAUCUGCUUUGUGAAGGAUUCCUGUCAGAUUUCUGCAGAGUUACUUGCUGAUUUUGAGAAGAAUGAGGGUUACGAACUGCUGAAUAUGAUGUUGCUUGGGUUUGAUAAAGAGCUGAAAAAUGAAGAAGAAAAAUCUGUGGAAGAGCUUCUUGAUUUUCUGAGUUCCCUUACAACCUAUGGAGAGAAAGAACUCAAGGUGGUGCCCUCUAUUACCGGCUCACAGUUUCCUACUUUUAAGUUUCAACAGCCACCAAAGUCAGGUACUACUGUGAAAAAUCUCCAGGCUUUCAAAGUUUUGCAGACGGUAUUUUUAAAUUCUAAUUGUUCCCUCAUUUCAUCAAUUAUCCUGGACAGAAUCAGGAAGAUCUGGACCUGGAAUAAAGCCAAUUUCUUCCUUCUGGAAUGGACACAGCAAGCUUUCUUCCAAUUUGCAGAGGUGAUUUACCUCAAGUCAGAGACGGUACAGAUUCAGUAUUUUCAAAUGUUGCGGUUUGUUGUAUUUGAUCUGUCUUACAUACCCCAUGAGAUCUUUUCAAGAGUUCAAGCCAUAAUUCGAGAGAACCUCUCACCAGUUUGUGCCUUGCUGGCACUUAAAUGCGUGCUAGAUAUCACCAAAUAUGAUCCAUUGCUCACAAUUGUGUUCCGAGAAACCAGACUUCUGGAGAUGCUCCUUACACGUCUUCAGAGGCACGCAAAAAUGCUGAGGAAAACAGGGAAAAGUGGACCUUCUGAUGAUCAGCAGCACCAGAGAGAGACCUUAAGUUUAAUGUUAAAAGUUGUGGCAACCAUGCUUCAAGGCUCAGUGAGAAAUAUUGUGAUUCUCCGAGAGUAUGGGAUGAUCCCCUACAUCAAAAUUUUUCUCGAUGACAAAUCCUAUCGAGGCCAUGCACUAGACAUCUUAGAACAGCUGUUCAUUGUAAAUGCAGAGGAGUACAUGCGUGUGAUGAUAGGAGUGCUGUGUUCUGCCACCCAGGGGGAAUUCAUGUUGAAACUUGACCUUUUGCAGUCCCUAUUAUAUAUUCUUGGAAUGCCAAAGGCAUGCUCUGCAUUCAGGACUGCUGGAGGAUUUAAUGCAUUGCAGUCAGUGUUGGCCGACAUGGAAGGAGCUUUAUGUGACCCCCCUUCAGCUCAGUGGAGCUCAGUGGAUCAGAAUGACAUAUGGCACCUUAUCGAAAUGACUCUCUGCACUCUAACUGUUGCCAUGCACUCUGACCCUGUCAAUUGUUACUUCUUCAGAACACAGGGUCACUUUGACAAAAUGAUAGACGACUUCAAGCUUUUUGGUUGCUUCAGCGAUAAAAGUGAAAGGUCAUGUUAUCCAUUGGAUGUCAGUGCCUGCAGAAAGUUCAACGAGCUUGUAGAUUUGGCCUACUGUUCCACAGUGGAUAUUCCAGCAUCGUUGAGGAGUUGUGCGAAAAUAUUUGGAUUUCUGGAUCAAAUGGCAAAAGACACAUUGACUUCUCCCCGUUGGCUUUCUGGAAAAUUGCAUCCUUCAAGUCCCAGUGAAUCAAAAAACCAAAAUGAUGCUCAACAACAAAUGAGGAUUCUCUACAAUGCACUUGAUACCAGUGAGAAGGAUACAGAACAUCUGGCUGUUGGUGAUCCAGAUACCAGUAGGUUGCCUGCAGACCCUGUGAUUAUCCACCCAGGCGCUAUUUGUGUCAUGAUGCAUCUGCUGCCAAAUAUUAGCUGCAAAGAUGUUCCACAGCUGUCCCUGGAGCUGCAAUAUGCAAUCGCCGAUUAUGUUCUAUCACUUGUCAAAUCAGAAAGGAGCCGCCAGACCAUGUGUGGAUCUAACCUUUUGCAGGUCUUGGUGAACUGCUUCAAGGAGAUAUUGGCUGACAAUUCCAACCCUCUGCACUUUCCCCUUAUCAGGAUCUUCGAGAAGCUGGCAUGCCAGGCAAUCAAUCCACCAGUCUUGAGGGACUUCUUGCGCCUUGGUGAUCCACUGAAUUGUGCGAUUGGAAAAUCUCAUAAACAUCAAACCACGUUGUCCUGGCACCAGGUGAACUCCAAAGAGACAGACAGAGGGAAAAGCCACACUCGAAGAAGCUCACUUGUGGCAAAGAGCAAACCAUUUCUGGCUUAUGGCCUAUCCCACCUGCCAAAGCAUCUGACGAUCCCACGGCAUCGGGUGAUGAGCUUAGUUUCCAUGAUGUCCUCCCGACACUUCCACUCAACAACAUCAACUGUUGCGCCCUGCUUUACGGAGUUUGACAUGUCUGUCGUCGGCUAUGGGUGUUGUUUUUUACCCACACUGGCCACGGUGUUGGGGUCUAAUACUGAUUCUCCGGUGGUUGGUGGAAUUGGGAAUGGUUGCCGGGGAUUUCCACCACCUGUUGGCUUGACAUACUCCACAUGGUUUAUGAUUAUCAGCUUCAGUUCCGCUGCUGAUGCACAUCCCAUUCGAUUCCUGACUCUCUUCCGGCACAUGUCGAAGAUGGAAAGAGAUUACACUUGUUUAUCCAUCAGCAUUUCAGCACCUGGUAACCAGCUGGUCAUUUCCACACAGGAGGAGGUGUUUGAACCAUUGGAAUGGAACAAAGUAGAGCAAGACCAACAGCCAUCUGCACUCACUGCCGUUGAGUUCGAUAUUUCCAGGUACUUGGUUAUCGGUCAGUGGCACCACUUGGCUGUGACACUAAGCAAAGAUGUUCGAAAAAACAGCACCGUCUUCGCCUACUUAAAUGGAAAAGUCAUUGGAACGGCAAAGAUGCAGUACAUUCAGACAUUUCCAGGGAUGCAUUUCUCUUUGGAUUCUUCAGCUGUCAUUGACGUUCACGGACUUGUUGGGACUCCCCAGAUCUGGAAGCAGAGAUCUUCCUUAGUCUGGCGUCUCGGCCCUACUUAUCUCCUUGAAGAGGCGAUUUCUUCGGAGAGUGUUGAAUUCAUUCACCAACUGGGGCCAAAUUAUUUAGGAAACUUUCAGUCUGUUUAUUUACCAGUGAAUGAUUUGACCAAUUCACCAGUGCCUUCAAUUCUUGUGGCAGAGGAGAAAGUGUCCUUUGGCAUCAAUGUAAUAUCUUCAGAAGUGAUGACCAUAACAGAUAUAAGAAAAACAUAUAAUGAAGUGGACAGCCGAUUAAUAUCAAGUGAGUUGGGAAUUUCAUCACGAGAUGAUGCAAUGCCCAUUAUUAUGGUGAAAAACACAGCCAGCCAUCUCCCAGGACCUGCCCGAACAAUUGGGGCACCACUUGCAAGCUUCUUUGGAGUCAGAACAUUCAUUUCCAAUCCUGCUGCCAACUGUUUGCAAUCCCUCGGUGGUCCCGCUGUGAUAUUAGGCUUGGUUGCCAUGGCAUCCGAUGAUGGUGAAAUGUAUGCAGCUAUUAAAGUUCUGAUUUCUGUCCUGAACAGCAGUACAUUGUGCGAACAAGAGAUGCAACGCAUUAAAGGCUACAGGCUCUUGGCUCUGCUGCUGAAGAAGAAGGCCCGGUUGUUAAACACCAUGAUUUUUCAGCUUGUGCUGACCAUAGUUGGGACGGUUGAGCUGGGCCAAGGGAGCUCAACAGUGCAGAACCUGAGCGCUUUCAGAGACCUGCUUUGUAAUUUUGAGAUUUGGUCGCAUGCACCUGAGAAACUUGACCUUCUGCUUCUCAAACACUUUGUGGAACUUCUCCAAAGCAGUGAUGGAUGCAGAAAUGCUGAAGUAAUACACAGGCUUAAGGUGGCACAGACUCUUGUCUUUCUCCUGAAUGAUCCAAGUAACACCAGAACAAAGGUUCACCUCAUGCAAACUAUCCUUGCCCACUUGCUGGAAAAUUGCUUCAAUAUGACAGAUUUUCUCAGGAUUGGACUCUUCCUUAUCUACACAUUGCCUCCAGCUUCGAUGAGUGAAAAAUUUAUUUCUCUGGAAACUGUUUCUGAUCCAUCAAUUGAUGUCAUAAAUCAAGUUUCUGGAAGGACAAUAUGGCUAAGAAAUCAGCUGUUGAAGACACUUUUGGAUGUCUUGAGUUCAGAUCACCUCAAAAUGAAUUUGAAAGAUCAGGAGAAAAUGUUCACGUCUCUGGGGCCUGAUUGGUUCUUUCUCUUCUUGCAAGCACACCUUCACCCUACCACUGUGAUCCUGAGUACAAGACUAAUGCUUCACUUCCUGUACAACCCAGUGCUACUUGCUAAGUUCAGAGAAGGCAUGGCAGGGAAUGUUUGGCUGGAAAACAGUACAGCAGACUGCAAUAUCUUAAUGGACAAUAUAAAAUCUCAGCCCCCUCCCUGCACUAAGACUCCAUGCCUGGUUCCUGGAUUGGAAAUGAUCCAGAUGUUUUUGAAUCAUCACGUUGCCAUACCGCAGCUGUAUGUUCUCUUGGCUGCACUUGUCUUACAGAAGCCACUCAGCGAGAUUCCAGAAGAUUUGGAGUUGGACCUUGACACAAGGAUGACUUGGCUUCUUGAACAAGUGAGACCAAACGCAAAGGAAAAGUCCAUAAAAAUCCAGAAUGGGUUGUGCCUUGAAGCUGCUCUGAUCCUACUCAGGAUGGUGAGAACCAUAUUAAGCAAGCCUGUUUCAGGAACUGAAGACUCUUGGGAGGUCACCUACCCGAACAGCGUGAUGCAGUUCUUUUCUCUUGCCUACAACUGGUUCCCGAUGGACCCUCUAUGGAAGUCUGCAGAGUUUCUUCAGGGCUUGUCUGCUGCUGCUUUUCAUAUGGAUGAGUUAUCCAGUCAUAUGGCUGUUUCAGGAAAACCACUGCAGGAAAAGGCAACUUGUAAAGCUGACACACAGCUCCAAAUAAACACCCACCCUGCCCUGAAGCACGUGAAAGAUUUCAUCCAUUUUCUCCUUCUGGACAGCCUGUUCAACAUUCCUGCAAACAAGAUGCAGCAUCCGGUGGAGAUUCUGAUCGAGGGGUUACCGGAGAAAGUCAGUGAAGAGCAGAGGAAGACAUUCCAAACUGAGAUGUUGCUCUUCAUCAUGGAUGUAUUUCACAUUACCAUUGAGGAACAUCCUUUGGUAAAUCCCUUGUUCAGAAAUGGACCAGGUCAGACACAAGGCACCUCUGAGGGGAAAUUGGUCAUGCUGUUUGGAAACAUUACCUAUUUUGGCCAAAGAAUUGUUGACAAGUUGUAUUCCAGAAUGCUUGAUGUGAACCCUGAGCAGGUCCUUCAUUUCCUCACCAAACAGAUCUGUAAGGUGAUGGAGCUUGUUUAUUGCCAGAAAGAUCAAGUUGUGAGCAGCCUGUAUAGCAGUUUAAACAGAGCAAUCCUAUACUGCCUGUCGAGGCCUAGACAAUCGUCCAUGGACUUACUCAGCCUGUUGAACACUCUGAAAUUCCUGCAAGAACAAUGGGAUGUGAUUUUUGCAACAUACAACUCCAACUUGUCUUUCAUCAUUUGCCUCACCCAUUGCCUUUGUCAGAUUAAAACUGGAAGUUAUCCUGAGGGCUUUGGAGUGGGAACUGGCAGCAAAAAGGCCUCCUGGAUUUUACAAUCCACAGCAACCAGUGAGCAAUAUGAUGGAUCCUUCGAGUCUUUUCACACACACAAUGUCCAACGAGAGGUUUUCGAUUUGGUUGAAUGGGUGUGGAAUCAUCUCAUGGUACAGAGAAGAUCGAGCCUGGAGGACUGCUGCAAGAUUGACCUCUCUGUAAAGCAGGGCUCCAGUGAAAAGAUCAUUGACAUUUCUGAGGUCUCUCCUCUCUGGGAAGAGUCAGCAACAAAAGCAUGGCUACAAUAUAUCGCUUCAGAGAAGAAGAACAUCUGCAGUAAAAGUGUCCCAGCACAGGUUCAGCAGAAUAAAACAGAAUGGUUCUCCGAGAGCCUGUCAACAGCCGUGCGUUUGGUGGGCAAGCGGCUUUCAAGAGAAUCCCAUGAUUUAACUAUAAAGGAUUUCAUAAUCAGAAUGGAUGAAGAAAGGAAAAGUGGACAAGACGUGUUUGCCAGCCUUCACAUCGAACAUAAGCAGAUGCAGAAGUGCAUUCUGAACCGCGCAUCAAAAGACUGGGCCAAGGUUGAACAGCAGCUGCUUCAAGAGAGAGGAUUAUGGGGUCCUUCAUCAGGCUUCCAGCAGGGUGCCUGGAUUCUGGACAUGGCUGAGGGCCCCAGUCGAAUCAGAAAGAAGAUGAGACGACAGACUAUUUGCAUCAAUUACGCUCAUGGCGCCUGUCGAACCAAGGAAGCCAAAAGUGAAAUCAGUGAGAAACCUGGAUGUGAGCAGUUCUACCUAAAGUUAUGCUCAACAGAUGAACAUGUGGGAAGAACUGAAAACCAGUUGUACACAGCAGGGGAGAUCAAUAUCGAUGAAGAAGGCAUUGAUUGCACGCAGUUAACCUUCUUCCCUGCUCUUGCUGAAAGUGUCCACUCCGAGGAGUUCUUUGAGCAGUGUGUGGAGCGACAAGCCAUUCUCGAGAAUCUCGUUGAGAAAGAGAAGAUUGACCUGAAGUUCUCCCUCAUUGUUGCUGAGGACCAUUUGCUAAUGGAAAGUGUUCUGCUGUUUGGCAAAAGUCACUUUUAUAUUUGUGAGAAUUUCACACUGUCAUCAUCUGGCGAUGUAUACUGCACAAGGCACCAUCCUUCAAGUAUUAAUGAUUCCUACAUUUACGACAUGUGCAAUAAAGAGGCUGGUGGGAAAAUUCCAAAAUGUUCUAGAUAUCUUUGGAACGAUGUUCAAGAAAUCCAGCAUCGCCGCUUCCUCCUUCAGGAUAUUGCACUUGAAAUCUUUUUAAAGAGUGGAUUUACAAAGUUCCUCGUUUGCCAUAAAAAUGAUAAGAAAAACAUCUUAAAAAAAUUCUGCACUACGAUACCAUCCUUGAAGAAAGGAAAUCCUGAUUCCAUGAGGAACCUAGGAAAAACAUUGGUGGAUAAAGGCGUAAUUCAGAAAUGGCAGAAAGGAGACAUGAGCAACUUCGAGUAUCUCAUGUAUCUGAACACGUUGGCUGGGCGGACUUAUAAAGAUCUGAUGCAGUAUCCAGUGUUCCCCUGGGUUUUGGCUGAUUAUGACUCUGAGGAGUUGGACCUGACCAAUGCAAAGACGUUCCGUGACCUCUCAAAACCCAUGGGAGCACAAACAGAGCAGAGGAAGGAAAAAUUCAUCCAGCGAUACUUUGAAGUAGAUAAUGAUGGAAACCUGUCUGUAAGGUGUCACUACUGCACCCACUACUCAUCGGCAAUAAUUGUCGCUUCUUACCUCGUGCGAAUGGAACCCUUCACUGAGAUCUACUGCUCUCUACAGGGAGGGAGUUUUGACGUGGCGGACAGGAUGUUUUUCAACAUUAAGAAGGAGUGGGAAUCAUCAUCCAGGGACAAUAUGAGCGACGUGAGGGAACUCACCCCGGAGUUCUUCUACCUGCCCGAGUUCCUGCUCAAUCACAACAAGCUGGAGUUCGGCUCUAUGCAGGACGGGACUACACUAGGGGAUGUGAUUCUUCCUCCUUGGGCUAAAGGCGAUGCUCGAGAAUUUAUCCGGCUUCAUCGCAUGGCUUUGGAAAGUGACCAUGUCUCCACCCACCUCCAUCACUGGAUAGACCUCAUAUUUGGUUGUAAGCAGAAGGGUCCAAAUGCCAUUGAAGCAGUUAAUGUUUUCCAUCCUUAUUUCUACGAUGAUCAGGUUGAUCUUAAUAACAUCAAGGACCCAAUGAAAAAAGCUACCAUUCUUGGUUUUGUCAGUAACUUUGGGCAGAUUCCUAAACAGCUUUUCAGGAAAGCUCACCCUGCCCGUGCAGUCCCAGCGAAGUAUUCCUCAGGGAAGGACAGUCUCCAGUUUGCCUCCAUCCAGCCCUUUUUCUACCACCUACAGAACCUGAAACCCUCUGCUGUUCCCGUGAUAGCGUUAAUGAAUGGAGCCAUUGGACACAUCGUUGUCACUGAGAAGGAAAUCCUUGCUGUGGAGAAGAACUCUUUGCUCAUGCCACCUGUCUGGAACAAAACCUUCUCCUGGGGCUACGAUGACUUCAGCUGUUCCCUGGGAAGCUAUAGUAACAACAAGAGCCUGAUGGUGUUUGAAUGCCUGUCGAACUGGGGACAGUGCCUGUGUGCUGUGUGCCCAACGCCCACCAUGGUUCUUACCGGCGGGACGAGCAGCGUGAUCUGCGUAUGGAAAAUAUUGAGCAGCAAAGAAAAAUCGAAAAACAUGGUGUUGAAAGAGGUUCUUCAUGGACACACAGAAGCUGUCACUAGCCUGGCAGUAUGUUUACCUUAUAAUGUGAUUGUGAGUGGAUCACGCGAUAGGACCUGCAUCAUCUGGGACCUUAACACCCUGACCUAUCUCAGUCAGCUCCAACAGCAUGAAGCAGCAGUUUCCACAGUCUCCAUCAACAGCGUAACUGGGGACAUUGCUACCUGUGCAGGGACACACCUGUACCUGUGGACCCUCAAUGGCCAACCACUCGCAAGCAUCAACACAUCCGCGGAGCCAGCGAAGCAGAUUUUGUGCUGUUGUUUCACAGAGGUUCAGGAAUGGGAUCCUCGCAAUGUCAUUAUAACGGGACACGCAGAUGGCACGGUGCAACUAUGGAAGACAGAGUUUACAAGAGUAAAUGUCUCCAGGAGUGAUGGAGGGUACCCUGGAUCUCAACACAUAGUCCCAGAUUCAGAACAGCAAGCUGGUUAUCGAUGGGAACGAUGCCUUGUGCUUUGUCAGAAACUGAACAGAACCAGUAGGCAGUCAGGGAGGCAGAACACAAAGAGCCCUGCAGUCACAGCUUUGGCCAUCUCCAGGAACCACACAAAGUUAUACGUUGGCGAUUCAUGGGGCAGGGUCUACGCUUGGUCUGUUGAAAGCUGAGGAGGAACAGCGCAGGAGAUCAAUGGCGUUGGAUUCCAUAAAGGAACUGUGGCUUCCAAUGAAUCAGAAUCAGGUUUAAUAUCACUGGCGUAUGAUGUAAAAUUUGUUAACUUUGUGGCAUCAGUACAAUGCAGUACAUGAUAAACAUAGAAAAAUAGGAUUACAGUAAGUAUAUAUGUAUAUUAAAUAGUUAAAUUAAAAAUAAAUAGCGCAAAAACAGAAACAAUAAAAAAAAGUGAGGUCAUGUCACUGAUGAAUGUUUUGUCUGAAAAAGCACCUGUUCAGAGAGUUUCUUAUGUUUAUUCACAUUUGGAAUAAAGUGUUAAGUCCAACUGAUCCAGAUACUAAAUUGUUCCACAGAAAUAGACCAAGCAAGAUUCUAAUGGAAAACGAUUAAAAAAUUACAUUUGAAACUUUGAGACUAUGGAUGUUUCUGGAAUAUUAUAACCUAUUCAAUGAGGCAAUUGACAUUUGAAUGAGGAAUAGGAAAAUCUACUUUUUCAAGGUUUCAGGCUGUAGGUGAUUGAGCAUUGAAUGAGUUUAGCUGCUCCAAUUUUGAGGAAGGGUCAUUCGCUGAACUCACGGAAAACAGCCUGGAACAAGCUUGCUGAUCAAACAGUAAGAAACAUUUCACUGUAGCUCUUCUGUAAAGGAGAUAGUUUUGCAAAAACAAUCGGAUUUAUUGGAGGUAUUUGGGCAAACGGGGAUGGAGAGAUAUAGACCAUGAGCAGGUAGUUGUGCAGUUUAAAAUGACAUUAUGGUCAAAAUUCAGAAGCUUCUAAAUUCAAGGUAAAUUUGGUAUCAAAGUACACAUACUAUAUGUAACUGUAUACAACCCUGAGAUUCAUUUUCUAGCAGCCAUUCUCAGUAGAAGAAAGAAAUACAGUAGCUUCUAUGAAAAACUGCACACAAAGACUGACAAACAACCAAUAUACAAAAGACAAACUGUGCAAAUAAUAAAAAAUAAAUAAGCAAGUAAAUAAUACUGAGAAUAUGAGUGGUAGAGUGCUUGAAAAUGAAUCCAUCGGUUGUGGAAUUGGUGCAAUGGUCGGCACAGACAUUAGAAUCAGAUUUAUUAUCACUGACUUGUAUGAUGUGAAGUAUGGAGGUUGUGUUCCUGGGUCCAUCAAGGGCUGAAGGGUCGGUUGCUGUGUUGUAAUGUUUAAUGUUCUCUGUUCUGUGUUCUAGAAACUUAAGCAAAAUGCACUUCACAGAGAUUUUCAUUUGUACUACUGAAGGGUGAUACAUCAGUGUCAGAGUUUUAAUAAAGUUAUCAUCCUAAA